CACCGUGGAGGACCCGAGGGCUCCAACUUCGUUUCUGUCCACUGGCUGAAGCGCUCACUGCGGCUCCAGGGAGGUCACCGAAGGUGCCUGAUGACAUCAUCACAAAUCAAUAUUGAAAGAACGAAACAUUUUCACUCACACGUUGUUUCAGGACAUAUUGCAAGAAAGGAAAGGAAACGUUAUGUUGCUUGCCAUCCGUGUUGAUUCAUUUGCCAGUGACGAUUGUGAUUUGGUUGGUUUUAAUAGUAGAGUUUAAAAGGAGGUGGUAGAAAGAAGAGACUCAGUGGAUGUCUUGGCUCUUGGUUGCUGUGUAUUUUUGUUAAAGAUUCUUUUGUCCUAACUGGACUUGGCCACAGGGUGGACGUUAGAAGAAAUUUGUACUUAAACCCUGACACCAGUUAGUUUCUGAUUAGAAUGGUACAGGGAAUGUUAGAUUAAGUGCCCCCCAGAAUUUUUUUGGGGGGUGAGGGUGUUACUUGAUUUUUUUAGCUGUAAAGGAAAGAAAGCACAGUGUGGAGGCAGUUCUUCCUGGGCGUGGUGGAUUUCCUCCCUCCUUAAACCUGGAUGAACUUCACUUUACUUCUCGCUAAGAAAUGGGAAUAGUGUGGGAAGGAGCAACCUGGUUUGGAACCUGAAGCCCCCUCCUUGCACCUGCAAUUUACAUGGAUGGGCCUGGGAAGUUUGAUUUGAACUGGACACUCAGAUGGUGGUAUCAUUCUCCUGGCAAUCCUGGGAAAGCAUUUUUUUUCUACUCGAACAACGUUGAGGAAUUUCGUUUGAUGGUGCAGCAAACUGAGAGGCAGACAGAUCUGACCCAUGCAGGGCAUAAUCCAGCAGCAUGUUCCCUUACACAAGAUCACUGCGAUGAAUGGCACCUUGGCCAGGCCUGCACCAGAAAGCAUCCCGCUAGAUUGUGACUUGGAUUAAUUAGUGCAUUUGUAAUGGGGGGCAGGGAGAUAUGCCCAUCUGGAUUUUCCGCCUUGGGCACUGAAACGUUUUGAGCCUGCCCUGCACCUUGGAUCAAGGCUACCCUUAAUCCCACACAGGGCGUUUCCACCUCAAUCAACUUCCUCUUUCCUGGAAGAAGAGCAAAGUUGGAGAUGAUUUCACAUUAUAUUUUUAUCAACAACGAGUGGCAAAACUCAGAGAGUGGGAAACUGUUCCCUGUGUCCAAUCCUGCAACAGGAGAGCAGAUCUGCGAGGUACAAGAGGCCGAGAAGCCUGAUACAGACAAAGCCGUGAGAGCCGCUCGCCUUGCCUUCUCGCUGGGCUCUGUGUGGAGAAGACUGGAUGCCUCAGAAAGAGGACGCCUCUUGGACAAACUGGCAGAUCUGGUCGAAAGAGACAGAGCUCUCCUUGCUACCAUGGAGUCGCUGAACAGUGGGAAGCCCUUCCUACAGGCCUUCUACGUUGACCUUCAGGGCGUCAUCAAGACAUUGCGGUAUUAUGCCGGCUGGGCAGACAAAAUUCAUGGGGCGACCAUUCCUGUGGAUGGAGAUUAUUUCACCUUUACAAGACAUGAGCCCAUCGGUGUGUGUGGACAGAUCAUCCCUUGGAAUUUCCCCCUGCUGAUGUUUGCGUGGAAGAUUGCACCUGCUCUUUGUUGCGGCAACACCGUUGUGAUCAAACCGGCAGAGCAAACUCCACUCACCGCUCUCCACAUGGGAGCCCUCAUCAAGGAGGCUGGGUUUCCACCAGGCGUGGUCAAUAUUUUGCCAGGAUUUGGCCCAACCACCGGUGCAGCGAUUGCUUCCCAUGUGGGGAUAGAUAAGAUUGCCUUCACUGGAUCCACUGAGGUUGGCAAGCUGAUCCAGGAAGCUGCUGGGAGAAGUAACUUGAAGAGGGUGACUCUGGAACUGGGGGGGAAGAGCCCCAAUAUUAUCUUUGCAGACGCCGAUUUGGAUUAUGCGGUGGAGCAGGCGCAUCAAGGAGUCUUUUUCAACCAAGGCCAGUGCUGCACAGCUGGCUCCCGGGUCUACGUGGAGGAGCCCGUCUACGAGGAGUUUGUGCAAAGGAGUGUUGAACGUGCCAAAAGGAGGGUGGUGGGGAGCCCUUUUGACCCAACCACAGAACAAGGACCACAGAUUGAUAAGAAACAAUACAAGAAGAUCCUGGAGCUGAUUCAGAGUGGCAUUGCUGAAGGCGCAAGGCUGGAAUGUGGAGGGAAAGGACUUGGCAGGAAGGGAUUCUUCAUUGAGCCCACAGUCUUUUCCAACGUAACAGAUGAUAUGCGCAUUGCCAAGGAAGAGAUCUUUGGGCCCGUUCAAGAAAUCUUGCGAUUUAAAACCAUGGAUGAAGUUAUUGAACGAGCCAACAAUUCAGACUUUGGGCUGGUCGCUGCUGUUUUCACCAAUGACAUCAACAAGGCCUUGACUGUUUCCUCAGCAAUGCAAGCAGGGACAGUCUGGAUAAAUUGUUACAAUGCCUUGAAUGCCCAGAGUCCUUUCGGAGGAUUCAAAAUGUCCGGCAACGGGAGAGAAAUGGGAGAGUGUGGACUGCGGGAAUAUUCUGAAGUGAAGACUGUGACUAUAAAGGUUCCUCAGAAGAAUUCGUAAGAAAACAAAGAAUGUGCUGAACAUUGCAGCACAUCAAGUGACCCUCUGCAUUCCUUUAUGGAGACCAGCACUCAGGAAUUUUUUAAAAAUGAGGCAGAUAAUUAAAAAAAAAAAGCAUUGCAAACAUCACCUUGAUGCCCCCCCCCGCCACCACCUGCCCCAUUGCUGGCCACAAACAACUCCUUUAACAUAGUACAGUCAAAAAAACGGUUCAGAAAUGUUCCUAGUAUACACCUUAUAUUCUUGCAUAGUCCUUUUCCUGAAAAGAAAACCUGUUUUUAACUGCCCUUCCCAACAAUGAUGGCUUUGAUUUGUUCUACUCUUGCAUGCUGGGUGCAAGCAGCCACAUACCAGAUGCCACAUAGCAGAAAUAUCAGCCUAAAGAACUGGACAUGGGCCUUGUAAGUGGGUAUUGUAAUGGGGGGUUCUUGAAGGCAUCAUGCUGAAGUUUCUAGAUCACCUCAUUUCAGGGAAACUUGCAAAAACAUAGUGCUUCUUCCGCAGCUACAACUACGGUACAGUCUUGAAUUCUCUCUGUGGCUGCAGGUUUCCUUUGUAAGGAAAGCAUUUCCCCUUUCCGAAUUUUGAUGCAUGAUCUAACCCGCCGGCAGUGCACAGCACCCACACCCCAUCCCCCUCGAAGAACAGCUGUGCUUAUGCAUCCUCUCCUAGAAGAGAAGGCAGGAGUCGGGUGACAGGGAAGGACCAACCUCUGCAAGCUGCUUCCAAGGGGAGUUUUGUAGGGGCAGAUUCCCAGAGCUCAGCCUCUUCAGCUGCAGUCUGGAUCUGUGCGAUCGGCAUUGCAGCUGAUGACGGAGAGCAUGCAGGCGAAAGGUGUGCCCAGAAUCCUGUGGCAGGAGCUGUACAACUGGAAAUGAACCGCCUGUAUCCCAAUUCCUGUGCAGGGUUUGUUCACUGCGGGGUUGGCAGUAUUCAGAUGGACAAAUUACCUGCAGCCUCAUAGCUGCUCCCGUUGAGGGCAGCAGCCCUAAAUGGCUUGAAAGGCAAAGGGUGGCUGCCGGCCUUUCCUCCUCUGGCCUGUGCCCCUCUUCCUCACCAUGUGACGUGUGACGUCCUCAUGCUGUGCAUAGCUCUGCCCCCCUUUGUCACUGUCCAUCCGUGGGAGCGGCCGGGAGGCACACAGCACAAUGCUAUCACACCAUCUGGUGCCUUAACCCAGAGACCAUGUGAGAAAAGGGCUUGCAUCAUGUCUGAAAUGACUGUUGCAGAUUUGGCGCCUGGCACAAGGAGCCCUCCUCUGCUGCUUCUCUGCCUUUUUUACAUGUCUGUCUGCCCCGAUUUCAUUUAAAAAGAGCCGCGUAGGGGCAAGCGACCUGGAAGGCCCAGCAGCAGCUCUGUGGCUUUCGUCCUUGACUUGGGCCUUGCAAAAAACAAGGGCGCAGCUCAGCCGAAGAACGGUCUGACCCAAGAAAGUGCAAAGCAUCUUUUGUGGAUAGAGUUAGAAGAUCAACUUGGCAGUGAUAAAAAGAAAAAGCGGAGCAAGGAGGCAAUCCCUUGGUUUGCUGUGGCUACUUUUAACCACACCGAUGCCAAGUUCACUUUCCAGCCCACCUCUUGGGAACGAAGGAGGCGGAGGGGCUGCCUCUGGGUCACCCUGCUUUCCUAACAGGCCUGUCAGUGGCCGCCUUGGAGUGUCGCUCCCCUUGCACGUGGCUCCGGCAGAAGGGGGUGCUUCCAGAUGGGCAUCAGUCUCAGCAGUUCCUACAGUCCAUGGGGAUGGUGUGGCUUCAGUUCCCCCAGGGAUGCAGGAUCCAUGAGCAUGGAUUCUCACCCACCCUUCUAAUUGUUGGCCCACUAAGUUCAAGUGCCAGCUCCGGCGCACUGGCUGAACCCAGAGACAGGCAGCCAUGUUGGUCCUACCUACUGACUCACCCACAUCUGACACCGAGGGCUGUCUAACCCUCUCCUCCCCGGUGUCAACAGCACCAGAGGCUUGGAGAGAGCUUUCCCCUGAAGAGCGCCAGCCACUACACACACCCCCGGAGUACGCAGCAGAAUGCGGUGGGCAUAGGAAGGCGGGCUUCUGAGCUGAGAGGUGGACUGUACCACCUCUGGUCCAGCAGGAGGGAGUCCACAGAUCUGAAUUGCUCCCUUAUAUGAAAAAUGUCCCUGCAGAGAGAAAACGAGCACCACAGGGAACAAAGUGGGCUAGAGUUGUUCUCCCUAAUGUGCAUCAUUUACUUGCAGGGUGCUGUGUGCCCAUGAAGGAGCAUCCCAAACGGGUGCCCCAGCCUAUCGUCUGCAGUGGCACAGUCCACUCAGGGGUCUCAGAGGAGGUGUCCGCCAAGCCAAGGGCCUCCAUGGCCCGCCAGGUGCAAUGCCAGCACGGGCUCUCUCCAACUUCUCCCCAGUGCACCUGGCAGUCUUACCCGUUUGCUUGAGGAGCUGCCUCAAAGCGAGCUCUGGGAGAGAGCCUGUUGCUCUUCGCAGCUGGAGAGGGAGGGAGGCCAGCCAGCCAGAAAGCCCUGGAAAUGUGUGUGGUAGGAAAGCAGUUCCAGGGCUUGAGGGCAAGGCUGAGGUAGACAGAUGCAACUUCACUGCUCCAAGGACUUGCUUCACAGCAUUUCUGGGCUGGCCAAAACUUCCCUACAGGGGCCACGGAAUCAGUUUUUCUCUGUUCCAAGUCCAGCACUCUAACCACUACACCACACUGUUGAUGCUGUUCAUCAGCUGAUUGAAUCUAUGGGAAGUCUGCAGCUUACACAGCAGUUGCAACAAAUCAGUCUGUGGUAAAGGUGAGAAAGAAAAAACUAGGUUUAGUCAUUACUAACAUACAUAUCCAUCUCUGAGUGAGAGCAGAGACAGAGACAUCCUCACACCACUGAGGGAGAGAACAAAAGAGAGGAGACGUGUGGUCUGAGAACAAGCAGGAAGAUGCUCCAACAAGCAAACAAGGUGACAAGAUAGCCAGCGAGAGGAACACAAACAUUGCUGUUUCUGUCUAGCACCCCCCCCCAACUGGUUCAGGUAACUAGCUGCAAGAGUUGUCUCAUUCCAACAUAAUCAAGCGGCUGUAAUUUAAACCAGGAGUUGCCAAACGUUUUAGGCCCACAAGCACAUUUGGAUUUUCAAGGGAGUGCUGUGGGGGCCAGCCCUCCUGGUCACAGACCUGGUAGAAUUAACGUGAGCCUUGAAAAGCACACAGAGCUGAAAGAGGAAAUGGGGGAAGAGUGUCACUCUUCCAUCUUCCUCCUUCAGCUUUCUGUACUUUUCAGAGAAAAAGGUAACCACCCUCACCAGAGAGUGGGAAGCUUAGAGACCCCACUGAGCCCACAGACACCUUGUCGGUGGUUCCUGAUUUACACCCUGAGAAGGAAAUGUAUGUUUUUACUUAGUCAGUGCUGUUUCAAAAGUUCUUUGUCCUGGAUGAAAGAUAGAGGGUUCAUGCUCUUUAAUUAAUCAAAAGUAGAUCUUGCUUAGAUAUCCCUAUCAGAACAUCCCACAUCUGACAAAAUCAUGUCUAGACUAGACAUAUGAAAUGUAGUGGUCAAUUGCAAAACAGAAAUGUCAGCAGUUUUUGGACAUGAUUCUCCAGGAGUUGCGCCAAAGCACAGAAUGUCCCAACGGGCUGUGUCCAGAGGCAGCUGAAACCCAAAUGCACAAGUUGCAUUUCUGAGAGGUUGGUGGAGGGUUUUGUUUUGAUUUUUGAAAGACAGCUGUGUGUACUCAGCUGUCUAUGCUUGUUUAAAUAUGGAGCUCCCAAAACGAAUCACUUUGUGUCAGAAACUCUGAACUCAGACAGAAAUUCUGGCCUCUUAAAAUGUCAGUCCACCUCUAGGCUGAAGGGGUUGAGCGAGGUAGUCAAUAAGGAAUCUGAGUGUUGCAACAUUAAAAGAAGAUGUGAGAUCUUGGGGAAAAGGGAGACCAGCGCAGCAGGGUGUUCCUUCGGGACAAGGAUCCCUUUCAAGCAUGCUCAGCCUUUGGCUGGCCCAAAGCAGUUUGGAACCUGAGGCAUUAAAUGAAAAAGGCUCCUCUUCCCUCUAAUAGCCUGGAGCUCAACCUGCCAGGAAGUUCCCCUUUGCAAGCCCACUGAAAUGAGUGUGAGUUGUGCAAUUGUGCUCUUGCACAACUCAGUCAUUUCAAUGGGGCUUGCACAGGAGAACCUCCCACUGGCCUUCUCACACUCUCUGUUGACCUCAGUAUCUCUCGCCAUCUGUCCUCUCACAGGUCCCCCACCCUCUGCUUCCUGACCCCAAGUUUUAUAUUUAUGUCACCCCUGUUUGUCUCCAUAUAUGUAUAAAUAUAUAUAUUUUUUUGCUAGAUGCAUAAUACAAGCUGUUUUUUUCUGAAAGCAGAAAUCCAUUUGCAAGCUAUGCCUGAGCUGUGCAGUGAGAAUGGCAUACUGCAUACACCUCCUGUAGCGUUAUGUCAGAGGUUUGUUUUGUUUUUAAAAAAUGCUUUAAGAGAUUAAUUUUCUUAUCUCCAAUAUUCAUUGUGAAAGGAGAAUUUUUACUUCUUUUUCUGUUACAAACGUUUUGAAGAAAUCCAUGCUAGCAAUAAGCAUUUAUACUAUGU